AUAUGCUUUAAUUCACAUGAAUCUAAACCUAGUAUUGAAAUAACAAUUAAAAAUUAAUAACAUGAUACAUUUCGUGUGGCACGCUUUAGAUUUAUCACUGGAAAACUUCUCAAAUAUUAAUACUUUAACUCAUGAAUAAAUUGGCCCUUUAGCUGCAUGACGUAUAGGUUAAAAGAAUUUAUUAAUCAUGACAAAUAAUGAUUUCAAUAUUGGAAAACCGAAACUACAUAAAUUCGAACCAUUAAAAGUUGAUUACAUGAAUAAAUUUAUCAAUGAAGCUAAAUUGAAAAGUAAUUUUACACCUCCACCAUCACUUACUCUAUCUCCAAAAGAUACAACUCGAUCUAAAUCAUCAUUUAAAAAAUACCUGGUCGAAUAUGCUAGUGCGUCAACAGUGCAUGGACUGAAUCAUCUUAUUGCACCUCGACGGCAUAUUUUUGAAAAAUUACUAGUGGCAUUCUUCAUCAUUGGAUCAUUGGUGAUCUUGAUUAUUUUGUCAAUAGACUUCUGGGAUCGUUAUCAGAAUUAUCCAACUGUCAUUGUCUUAGAUCAUGAAUACAGAAGCUUUAAUGUCACUAAACCAGGAAUCGUUGUUUGUCCAAAUCAAAGAGUUCAUGAAGAAUAUUAUCCUUCUGUGUUUGAAAAAUAUGGAGUAAAGGACACAGAAGAGGCUCGAAGCUUUUUUAACUUUUUAUCAACUGCAUCAUACGAGACUUUUAGUCAAGUACCUGAUUUUAAUGAAGUGGAUCCAAAAUUAUGGUUAUUCAUACUCUUUGAUCUUAAACCUGAUGUUAAAUAUGUCUUUGAAGAAGAAAAAGCAGUCUGGCUUGUUACUGAAAGAGGAGUUUGUUUGACAUUUAAUAAUUAUGUUGCUCCAUAUUCGACUCCUGACUAUUGGAAAGCUAAUAAUUGGACAGUGAUUCCAGUUCCUGAUUUGCCAGUUUAUACCUAUCAAACAAGAGAAAUAUUUGAUAGUAUUAAAAUAAUAACACAUGAUGUUGAAUUCUCUCCCAUUUAUCCUGGAAGUAUUCUAAAUCUAGAUGAUAAAUUUUAUUUAUCAUACCGUAAGACACUAAAGUCAGUAACACUUUCAGUAGCUGAAAUAACAAGCUCUCAACAAGUCAAAGAUUUGUCUUUGACCCAAAGAAAAUGUAAGUUAUUUGAAGAGGGAGGAUUAAAAAUGUGGCCUAUUUAUACUUACACUAUGUGUGCAAGUGAAUGUAGAUAUCAACAAGUAUACAAAAUUUGUAAGUGUUACCCGUAUUUUGCUAGACCAAUGCCUGAUAUUCCUGUAUGUAAUGUCAGCCAAUUAAAAUGUAUUGGUGAGCAUUUAAAUGAGAUUGUAUUACCAAGAGAGGUGAUAAUAAAAAAAUGCAACUGUUGGCCAGAUUGUGAUAUGGCUAAAUAUAUGGAAGAGUCUAUUUCUGGAAUUGCAUUGAAAGAAGGAUCACCUCCCGAAGCUUUAUUGAAUAUUGUCACUUCUUUUCCAACAGAUAAAUUCAAACGAGAAUUGCUGUUUGGAUUUAAUGACUUUUUGGCAUCCGUUGGAGGAGGUGCAGGAUUAUUUUUAGGAGCCAGUGUAAUUUCUUUUAUUGAAAUUUUGUACUUCGCCACUCUACGUUUGUUCUGGUAUAAAGUUAAAUUAUAUCAAGAAAAUAAAAAAAAGCGAAAAGUGGCAUCCGCAAUUGUCAAUUAAAUAUAAAAAAGUUUUUGGUUACUAUA